AGAGAGUUUUUCCAGACUGAAGCUGAGGACCUGGCAAGAAAACACAAAAUGUCUCCUGAAUCAAAAAAACUUUUCAACAUCAUUAUUUUGGGAGUCUCAUUCAUGUUUAUAUUCACUGCUUUCCAAACGUGUGGAAAUAUCGCGCAAACUGUUAUCACAAAUUUAAACAACACGGAUUUUCAUGGCAGUGGCUACACAAGCAUGUCCAUUAUUUACGGAGUGUUCUCUGCAUCAAAUCUUCUGUCACCUUCAGUGGUUGCGAUAGUAGGGCCUCAACUCUCCAUGGUUGUUAGUGGCGUAUUUUAUAGCUUGUACAUUGCAGUUUUUAUCCAACCUGCUACAUGGGCUUUCUACACUGCUUCUGUUUUUAUUGGCAUUGCAGCUGCUGUGCUCUGGACAGCACAGGGAAAUUGCUUGACUGUAAAUUCUAAUGAAAACACCAUUGGAAGGAACAGUGGAGUAUUUUGGGCGCUCUUGCAGUCCAGCUUGUUUUUUGGAAACCUCUAUAUAUACUUCGCUUGGCGAGGGAAAACUCACAUAUCAGAGAGCGAUCGCAGAACUGUCUUCAUUGCUCUGACUGUUAUCAGUCUUGUGGGCACAGUUCUGUUCUUUCUGAUUAGGAAACAAGAGGACACAAAAGCUCCAGGGGAGGACGAUUCUGCUAAUGAAGUCCUGGGGGACAGCUCGUCUGCCCAAAACAAAAUGAUGAGAGCAGUGGCUGCCUUCAAGAAAUCGAUAAAGCUGAGCUUCACCAAAGAGAUUCUGCUUCUCAGUGUUACAACAGCCUACACAGGUAUGAAGCAAGCAGUGUAUAAUCAUGUGGCAUC